CGGCGCGCGUGCGGGGGUGCCGGGGCACGCCGGUGUGAGGGGAGCGCGGUUACCGCUCCGCACCCGCCACCGCUCCGUAGCCCCGCGGCUCUCACGGGGGAAGCUCCCGCGUGCCUGGCGCCGAGGCAGAGGGCAGCGGCUGGGCCCGAGGGAGAGUUCGGGGGCUUUUGCCCCUUCCGGGCGCCAUUUUGCUCAGCCUGUUUGCACCUCCAGCCUGGGUCCCCACGCACUGAGUGAGUACUGAGCCUGUCGUUCCUCACACGCACCCCUGCAGGCCGCCGCACCCGACAUGGGGAAGGCGGCUAAACGGAAGCAAAAGGCCGCAGCGCGCCCCGCUGCCAAAGGCCCCGUGAAGGCAGCUAUGGCCUUGGUCAAGAGCAAUCCAUUUGAGGUGAAAAUCAACAGGCAGAAGUUUAACAUCCUGGGGAGGAAGACCAAGAAUGAUGUGGGUCUGCCUGGUGUCUCACGGUCCAAGGCCAUCAAGAAGCGUAUGCAAACAUUACUGAAGGAAUAUAAAGAAAGGGAAAAAACGAAUGUGUUUAAAGAUAAACGUUUUGGUGAAUAUAACACCAAAAUAAGCCCAGAGGAAAAGAUGAUGAGACGAUUUGCUUUGGAAAGGCAGCAAAAUUAUGGAAAGAAGAAUAUCUAUAAUCUUAAUGAAGAUGAAGAAUUAACUCAUUAUGGCCAGUCUUUGGCAGAAAUUGAAAAGCUAAAUGAUAUUGUUGAUAGUGACAGUGAUACAGAAGAGAAAGGAACACUGUCUGCUGAGUUAACUGCUGCUCACUUUGGAGGUGGGGGAGGGCUGCUUCGUAAAAAAGUGUCAAGUGGGCAACAAGAUGAAGAGGAGAAGCCUAAAUCUAGGAAGGAGCUCAUAGAAGAGAUGAUAGCCAAAUCUAAACAAGAAAAGCAAGAGAGGCAAACUCGGAGAGAAAAUGCGUUAGAACUCACAGAAAAGCUUGACAAUGACUGGAAGGAAAUCCAAACCCUUAUUGCCCACAAAACCCCAAAGUCAGAGAGAAAGGACAAAGUAGAGAAACCCAAGCCUGAUCAAUAUGAUAUAAUUGUUCGAGAACUUGGAUUCGAGAUGAAAGCAAAACCUUCAGAAAGGAUGAAGACGGAAGAAGAAUUGGCAAAAGAGGAGCAGGCACGACUCCAGAAGCUGGAGGCAGAUCGACUGCGUCGAAUGCGUGGAAUAGACGAAGAGGACAAGAAAAAGAAACCCAGCCACAUGUCAGCUGAUGAUCUAGCUGAUGGCUUUAUCCUGGAUAAAGAUGACAGACAUUUAUUGUCUUACAAGGAUGGAAAAAUUGAUAUUGAAAAUGAAGAUGAGGAAGAAAAAGAUGAGGAAGAAGAGGAGGAAGGUGGGAGCACAGAUAAUGAGAAUGAAGAUGAAAGUGAGGAAGAAUCUGGUCAUGAAGAUGAGGAGGAUGUUGCUGCAGAUAGCCACUCUGAUCUUGAAUCUGACCUUGAGAGUGAGGAAGAAGCUGCAGGGAAUAAAGAACAGAAGAAACACGAGACAGAUGAAAAUGAAUCUCUGAAUGUGGAGCAACAAGAUACAAAAAUGGAAGCUGCCAAGUCAGAGCUUCCAUAUACAUUUGCUGUUCCUGAGUCCUGUGAGGCAUUGAAGUCUUUAUUGGCUGGAAGAACAGUAGAACAACAACUUACUAUACUGGAGAGAAUUCAGAAAUGCAAUCAUCCAAGCCUUGCAGUGGGAAACAAAGCAAAGUUGGAAAAGUUAUUUGGCUUCCUUCUGGAGUAUAUUGGGGAGUUAGCAACUCUGGAUCUACCAGAGCUCAGAACGAUUGACAAACUGGUCUUGCCAUUGUACAAUCUUUGCCAGAUGUUUCCUGAGGCAGCCAGUGACAGCAUUAAGUUUAUCCUUCGAGAUGCUGCACACGAUAUGGAAGAAGUAAUUGAAGUCAAAGGCCGUGCAACAUUUCCAGGUUUAGACAUGCUUAUUUAUUUGAAAAUCAUAUCUCUGCUGUUUCCAACUUCUGACUUCUGGCAUCCAGUGGUAACACCUGCUUUUAUGUACAUGAGUCAGCUACUUACUAAGUGUCGCAUCACAACAUUGCAAGAUGUUGUUAAAGGCUUAUUUAUAUGCUGUUUGUUCCUGGAAUAUGUAUCUCUCUCCAGAAGAUUUGUACCAGAACUCAUCAAUUUUCUUCUUGGAGUACUUCACAUAUCUCUACCCAAAAAACAGGCCCAUGGCUAUACUGUAGUGCAUCCAUUUGUACCAGUGGGGAAAAAUUUAGAACUGCUUUUGGUGUGUGAUAAGAAGGAUCUGGAAAGUUGGCAGAAGCAAAAUCUGCCGUUGAGUGUUGUUACUGGAUUAACCAGCAAAGCCAGUAGAACAGAAAUGAAUCAUAUCAGGUUAUCAUGUUUAGCCCUCUGCUUUGACCUUAUUAAAAAAUGUGCAGCUCUGUACGAGUCUUUACCAUCAUUCCAUGAAAUAAUGCAUCCUCUCAGAAUUCUCCUUACACAACAUGUGCCAGUGAAUGAAUAUCCUGAAAAAAUGCAGGAAUGGUAUCACAGUGCUCUGAAAGAACUAGAGAACAAAGUGAAACACUAUACCCCACUGAUAUGUGAGAAGAAGAAGCCAGUGCCUUUGAAACAGUAUACACCUAAAAUUGUGAAAGUUUUAGAGUUUGGAAGAAAGCAGGCAGGCAGCAAGAAGGAGCAAGAAAGAAAAGAGCUGAUUCGUAAGCACAAACGGGAACUUAAAGGAGCCAUUCGUGAGAUUCGUAAAGAUAACCAGUUUCUGGCUAGAAUGCAGCUUUCAGAAAUCAUGGAGAGAGAUGCAGCCAGAAAAAGAAAAGUGAAAGAGCUUCUUGGUAGCCUUGCCACACAGGAAGGUGAAUGGAAGGCAAUGAAGAGGAAAAAAGGGAAGAAUUAAUUGGGACUGUGUACAGCAGGAAACUUUCACUGCCAUAUAAAAUAUCCCAACCCUAUGGCUGUUGAACAUAUUUUAAUUGCAUUCUUUGGAUUAAUUCCUUUUGAGGAAACAUAUAUCUGAAGAAGUGAACUAGCCUAUUGGAAAAAAUCCACAGGUUCUUGUAAGGAAAAUAAACACCCUUUUGUAUGUGGUAUA